UAUCUCAACGGUAACAGCCCUGCUGUUUCACCGCAGCGCACUGAGCCGUGUGGCUCUCUACUCCCAUUCACCCCUCAUGCUCCUCGCCUUUCUGACCCGUCUCCCCUCCCCCCCGUAUUCCUGCCUCGGCUGAACCCACGUGAAUCUGAUCCGAAGCUUGCUGCAGCAGAAGGCGCAGGGUGGGGGAGGGGAGGGGAGCAGGGCAGUAGGUGGAGUGGUAGUGGUGGAUGAGGUGGAAGUGAAGACUGUUGAUGGCUUUCAGGGCAGGGAGAAGGAGGUGAUCAUAGUGUCAACUGUCCGCUCCAACCCCGAGGGGCGCAUUGGCUUUGUCGCAGAUGCGCGGCGCCUAAACGUGGCUGUCACCCGCGCCAAGAGAGGCCUCAUAGUCGUUGGCAGCCAGGCCACUCUCACUUGCCACCCCCUCUGGUCGCUCUGGCUGCAGCACCUGCACCACCUUCAAGCUUCGUCGUGGCAGGGCCAGUAGCUUCUGCUGCUACUGGGCCAGCGCCAGCAGCCGUGACACGGUGCCACUCUCACCUGCCACCCCUUCUGGUCGCUCUGGCUGCACCACCUGCACCAAUUUCAAGCUUCUUCGCAGCAGGGGCAACAGCUUCUGUAGCUUCUGGUGCUACUGGACCGGCGAUACCUUUUGCUGCUGGCUAGGAAGGGCUCUGGCUCCCCCACCUGCAGCACCUGCAGACCUCUUUCCAACAGGGGCACUAGCUUUUGCUGCUGCUUAGUACCAGCUGUGUCUCUUCCUCGGACUGGGACUGGGGCUGGACUGGACUACCCCCAGCAGUAGCAAAACGUGUGUCCAGUGGAAUCGAUUCUCCGAGGCCCAAGAGCUGAUCCCAACCCGACUCCUGCCACCGUCCCCACUGGCUGCGCUGAUAGGGCCGCACUUGCAGCCCCGACUUCAUGAUUCUAGAGAGUGCAGCGGUGGCUUUUCCAGUUGACUUUUGGAAUGGUUCAAACAUAGCAUUGUCUCCUGCUCAAUGUGCACCUCUCCGGUGCACAAUGGGCUUUGAGCCCAAGACCUUUGGCUGCCUUGGGCUUGGGAGCUCAGUCACUAAAAACUAAAACAGAAGGGCUUGUAAAGUAGCAGGUAGUGUACCCCAUAACACCUCAGGCUCUGCACCUGUGAUUCUUCCCCCAGGAUUUCAAGGGCAAUCCCAGCGGGUCUCCCAACACCCCCCCUCACUGGGAUAGGCGGGAGACCUUGCACCUCUACCGAUGCAAUGUCACCUCUACCGGUGCACACUCUAGGAAUUGAACCCAAAUCUUUUGGCUCUGACAACAUAUUAAAAUGGCUUGUUUUGUAGUGGGUAAGUGCGCCCAUAACCCCCCAGGCUCUGCACCUGUGACCCUUCCCCGAGGACCAA